AUCACAAAUCUGGGCCCAACCCAACUCGAGUCUCUUCCUUGCCCGCUCAAGCCCUCCCCUCCUGCUUGCUCCCUACGCCGACCCGUCCCCCACAUCGCCGCCACCGCGCUCCGCAGCUGCCCUCCUCGCGCGCUCCACCGCCUCCCGCCCUGCGCGCGCCUAGUCUCCCUCCCGCCCUCCACAUGUCGUCUUCCGCCGUGGUGCGAGCGUGGCGGCGCUCCCUCCGCGACGCCCUCCUGCGCGGCUCCGCGCGGCGCGGCGCAUCCGAAGUGCCCGCGCGGCCGGCCAGCUCGGCCUCAGCGUCCGGUGCGGAGGCAGCCGCGCUGAAGAAGGUGCCCCCGCCGCCCCGCAAGGGGAGGCUUUUAACUGGGGCCAUGAUAGGGUUGGCCAUUGCCGGAGGUGCUUACGUGAGUACCGCCGAUGAAGCCAAGUUUUGUGGCUGGUUAUUCAAGUCGACAGAACUUGUGAAUCCACUUUUUGCACUGCUAGAUGCAGAGUUUGCUCAUCGUCUGGCUGUUAAAGCUGCUGCCCAUGGAUUUGUUCCGAGAGAAAAAAGACCUGACCCACCAGUUCUUGGGCUAGAGGUUUGGGGAAGGAAGUUUGCAAAUCCAAUUGGUCUUGCCGCUGGUUUUGAUAAAAAUGCUGAGGCAAUUGAAGGUCUCUUAGGUAUGGGAUUUGGCUUUGUGGAAGUUGGCUCUGUGACACCUCUUCCUCAAGAGGGAAAUCCCAAGCCUCGAAUAUAUAGACUAAGAGAGCAUGGUGCUGUAAUCAAUCGAUGCGGAUUCAAUAGCGAAGGAAUCGUAGUAGUUGCUAAGCGUCUUGGGGCACAACAUGGUAAGCGGAAGAUGGAAGAAACUUCGAGCUCCACGUCUCCCUCAACCAGUGACGUAAAGCAAGGAGGGAAAGCAGGACCUGGAAUCUUGGGAGUCAAUCUCGGCAAGAACAAGACUAGUGAAGAUGCUGCUGCUGAUUACGUGCAAGGGGUUCAUACAUUGUCACAAUAUGCUGAUUACUUGGUCAUAAAUAUUUCUUCCCCAAAUACUCCUGGUCUUCGCAAAUUGCAAGGUCGAAAACAACUGAAAGAUCUUGUGAAGAAGGUGCAAGCUGCACGAGAUGAGAUGCAGUGGGCUGAAGAUGGUCCUCCACCAUUGCUUGUGAAGAUCGCACCAGACUUGUCUAAGCAGGAUCUUGAGGACAUUGCUGCAGUUGCUCUUGCUCUUAGGUUGGAUGGCCUGAUUAUAUCCAACACCACAGUUUCCAGACCACCUCCUGCAGAUACACAUCCAUUGGCUCAGGAAACCGGUGGAUUAAGUGGAAAGCCUUUGUUUGACUUAUCUACUAACAUUCUCAGCGAGAUGUUUAUCCUUACACGGGGCAAGAUUCCCCUCAUAGGCUGUGGUGGUGUAAGUAGCGGUGAGGAUGCAUACAAGAAGAUCCGUUCUGGAGCUACACUUGUUCAACUUUACACUGCCUUUGCCUAUGGUGGUCCAGCUCUUAUCCCCAGAAUAAAGGGUGAGCUAGCAGAAUGUUUGGAAAGAGAUGGUUUCAAAUCUGUUCAGGAAGCAGUCGGGGCAGAUUUCAGAUGAACCUAGCAGAUUUCUGAGAAGGCCUCAAUAAUCAUUCUGUCAAUCUCAUAUAAUUUCGUUGAGAAGCAGGCAACUUUUUGUAAGCAUGUUUGCCAAUUUCAUUUGGCUGGUAUUUGAAAAGAAAUACCAAGUUGAAACAUUUUUGAGCGAGUGGUACUCGUUAACCUUAGUAAAAGUUGAUACAUCACUUUUGGUUGUUCAUUGCCUGUGUUUAAGCAAGUUGUACAACAAAUUUUGGUUAAAUUAUGUGUAUAUUUCGUGGCGCCCUUUUGACAGAUAUGCAUUGUUUUAUGCAUCA